ACCCUGCGGUGCAGGGGUCUCAAAGUUUCUGUAGUUUCCCAUCUACACAAUACAUUUUCCUCACUCAGUGACAGCUGACAUUUGUAUUUUUAAUAUUUUCCUCAUUUUUUUCAAUUUACAAACAUUUAAUGAUAAAAAUAACAGAUAGUGAACGAGUGAUUUUUCAAAUUUUCGAUAACAUAACUUGAGAAAUAACUAUUAUGGACAAAUUUUUGUAGAUUCAUCUUGAUAUUAGGAAAAAUGUAAAAUCGGAAUUUUUUUUCCACACGAGAAAGAGGUCAAAAUGCACAAAAUUCUAUUGACAGUGAUAAAGGGAUUUAUUUAAAAAAUCCAAAUCAUGUUGUACAUGAUGAUGCGAAUCAAUUUUAAAACAAUUCUUUUGAUACUGGUUGUUGCUGUAGUGAGUUCGAUAAUUACAACAUGGAACAAUUGUGGAAAUCAUUUUUUCGAAAACAACAUAGAAUGGAAGGCGCAGAGUCUACAUAAAGAUCGAACAAGUAAUGAAUUGGGUUAUCAAGAGAUUGAUUGUUACAUAAAUGGAGGUUAUUCCAUUGGCUGCCGAAAAGAGGGAGACGAAGUUUAUAUUCCUUUUUCUUUCAUUCAUAAAUAUUUCGAGAUUUAUGGAAAACUUGCCACGUACGAUGGUCUCGAGAGAUUCGAAUGGUUCCACAGUUAUUCAAAAAUAGUGAGUCCAAAAGGAAAAUACGAUUCACGAGGUGUAUUUAUGACAUUUGAAAAUUACAAUGUCGAAGUGAGAGAACGAGUGAAAUGUGUGAGUGGCAGUGAUGGUGUUCCAAUAUCAACACAAUGGGAGAGUCAGGGUUAUUACUAUCCCACACAAAUUGCACAAUUUGGUUUGUCGCAUUACAGUAAAAAUCUCACUGAACCGGAACCAUAUAAAAAAGUGAUUGAAGACGCCGAACGAGUGAGACAAGAUUGGAUUGUCCCGCAGGGUUCAUUAAUUACUCGUAUUUACGAUAGGAGUGUAAAUAGUAAUGUAUUAAAGUACGCGACGCCCGAGACAAGUGCAUCGGGAAUAUCAUUGCGAUUAGAGCAUGUUCUCGAUUUUGUAUUUAAGUUCGAUAUUUGCACAAAAGACAAUGGAAGUAUUACUGUUAUAUUACAAUCGAGGGAGAAGAAGGACGUCUAUUAUCUUCAUUACACAACCAGCAACACCGUUUUACAAGCGUUCAAUAAUCAUGUUCAUUACGGCAUUGGCUUAUUAAAUAAUCAAUGGCGACGAUUGACGAGGGAUCUCGUUGUUGACUUACACAAAGGCUUGAAUAUUAGUGAUAAAACAAGAAAACAAAUGUCCAGAUCAAAGUUGAAGGUGAUAAAAAUUAUUCUAAACGGAUCUGGAAUGAUAGACAAUAUUACAUUGUCAACGAGCGAACAUAUGGAGCAAUUUUACGACGCCGCUCGAUGGUUCGUCGCGAAUCAAAAUAUAAGUUCCGGUGGUUGGCCUAAUCCAGUGAGAAGAAAAGUUUCCAACGGCAUGGCGAUUCUUGAACCCGGCUGGUAUUCGAGUAUGGGGCAAGGACACGCAAUUUCGGUACUCUCCCGAGCUUACUAUCACUCUGGUGAGGAUAAAUAUUUAAAUGCGGCAAUAAGAGGUUUAAAGCCAUUUAAAGUACCAUCGAGCAAAGGCGGAAUAACCGCUUCAUUCUUAGGUAAAUAUAUUUGGUACGAGGAAUAUCCAACAACACCCCCAUCAUUCAUUCUCAACGGCUUUAUAUACUCGCUUAUUGGACUGUACGAUUUAAAGAGUAUCACAUCAGGAAAAGAUGCGAACGACGCAUUAAAACUAUUCGAACAAGGUAUGACAUCCUUAAAAAAUAUGUUAACAUUAUACGAUACCGGCUCUGGUACCACGUACGAUUUACGUCACUUUACUUUAAAAACCGCCCCCAAUAUUGCACGUUGGGAUUAUCAUUCGACACAUAUCAAUCAAAUACUUUUACUCAGUACUAUCGAUAACGAUCAGAUUUUCACGACAACCGCCGAAAGAUGGAUUGGUUACAUGAAUGGAAAAAGAGCCGCACAUAAUUAAUUCCCAUUUUAUUUUAUUUUUUUUUUUGUUAUUUAUUUUAUUUGUUUACUUAAUUUCCCAUCGCAGGAGGGGGAAUACUUUUUUGCCAUUAGAAAUUUAGUUAGAAAAUUAUUCUUUUCUAUAAUCAAUUGUGAUAUUAACAAAAAAGAAAAAGAAGAAGAAGAAGAAUAAGAA